AUGCUUCGAAUAAAAAACGACCUCUCAGCAUCAGUCGUUCUUGCACAACAACAAAUAAAUUAUGUGCCUUUGAAACGAGUGCUUGUUGAAUCAAAAAUUCGUGCAUUCGCUGCUGACGUGACGAUUACGCAAAUAUUUCGAAAUGACGAAGCAACACCAAUUGAAGCGAUCUAUUGCUUUCCAAUUGAAGAACAAGCAGCAAUCUACACAUUCAAAGUUCAAAUUAAUGAUCGAGAAAUUAGCGCUCAGUUAAAAGAGAAGAAAGAAGCACAACAAGAAUAUAAAAAUGCAUUGCAAGAUGGUUAUGGAGCUUAUUUAUUCGAACAAGAUGAAAAAUCGCAAGACAAUUUUAUCAUUAAUGUCGGCGCUUUACCACCAUCACAAGAAUGUACAAUUACUAUUGGUUACAUAACAGAAUUGAAUCUUGUUCAAGGAUCAAUAAUUCGAUUUGUUGUGCCCACAACAAUUGCACCACGUUAUAAUCCUGACAAAGGCGGACUUGCGUCGCCAGCCAAUACUACAUCUAAAUAUGUCCAGUCGAGUCCAUAUACCAUUGAUUUUCGUUGCCAUAUUGAAAAGACGCUUGGCUCUCGAACAGAACAAAUUACUCGAGUUAGCUCAUCGUCACAUCCAAUUGAAAUUGAUCUUGUUCAGCAAGAUGCUUAUAUUGUAACAUUUACACAACAAAAUACUCAUUUAGAUCGAGAUAUCCUAAUUAAUAUUGAACUUUCCAGUCAACGAAGUAGCACUAUUAUGGCUGUUGAACCUGGUGCAAUAAUGGCUGCAUUCGUUCCUACCGAAGAAGAAUGUCAUCAAGCAUCAAAAAAUGAUUUAACAAAUGAAUUUAUUUUUGUUGUCGAUUGUAGUGGAUCGAUGCAGGAUGAAAGCAAAAUUGGAUUGGCUCGACAAGCAAUGUUACUCUUCCUCAAAAGUUUACCUGUUGAUUGUCAUUUCAAUAUCAUUCGAUUUGGCUCUGAAUACAAAACUCUAUUCAAUGAGAACACGGUAGUUUAUAACGAAACCAAUGCACAACAAGCCGAACAAUUUAUUGAACGAUUGCAAGCAGAUCUCGGUGGCACUGAAUUGUUAGGACCUAUGCGAUGGAUUGCACAACAUUCGCCUGGUCAAGGUUGUGCUCGCCAAGUAUUUCUUUUGACAGAUGGUGAAAUUUCUAACGUAACAGAAGUACUUGAUCUAUGUCGUUCAAUGGCCACAUCGACUCGCAUAUUUUCAUUUGGCCUAGGACAAUCCCCAAGUCGAUCAUUAGUAAAAGGUCUCGCUCGUGCAACCAAUGGUCGAUUUGUUUUCAUUCCACCAAAUGCCAGUGUUGAUCUAUACGUUGGAGAACAAUUACAAAAAGCACUUCAACCAUGUAUUACCAAUGUGCACGCUAAAUGGAACCUUGGAGUUUCAUUUCAGAGUGCGCCAACUUACCUACCACCAGUCUAUGCCAACGAUCGUCUGAUUAUCUACGCACUGGUCGACGAUAAAACUAUUCCUUUUGAUCAUAAUUCAUCUGUCGAAUUACAAUCCGAGUGUGAUCAUCGUUCGUUAGGUGUAGCCAAAGUUGAUCAUAUUCCAUCUGUGAGUGACAACGAAACAAUCGCUCGUUUGGCAGCUAAAGCGCUCAUUCUCGAAUUACAACAUGCUAAGUUACCGUCAUCGAAUACGAAAAAAAUGGAAAUUGGUUCGAAGCAACUGCGAUUUCAAGAACCGAUGGAAACAUCAUCAGAAGAGACAACUAAACAACGUAUUAUUGCAUUAUCAUUGAAAUAUAAUAUUUUGAGUCCUUAUACGGCAUUUGUCGGAGUUGAAAAACAAAUAAAUGUAAAUAAUACGAACAUGGUUCUUCGUGAAGUACCUAUCCAAAUUUCUGCUGAUGAUCAACAUCUACAGAGAUCCAUGCAGGCAUCUUUUGGUACGGGUCGAGGUCGUGGCGGAUUAGGACUUGGUGCUAGAGGCGCUUGUCGACAUCGAAAGAUUUUAUCCAACACUUCUGGCAGUCGCAAUACUACAUCAUUAAGCACACCUCAACAAAUAAUGUGUAAUGGUUCCGAGUAUAAAGAUAAACUUCGGUCAAGCACGCUUAAAAAACGAAUUUCUCAACAAAAAGGCCUUCGCGUGGAUGAAGAUGAUCAGGACAAUGUUCCCUCUGGCUCCAUGCUCAAGAAGAAGAAGAAGAAAGAAGACGAGUCUAUGGAAAAAGAAAUAUGGCCAUCGAAUGAUCAUGAUAUUGUUCGACUUUUAAUCAACAAUCAAAACUUUGAUGGUCUUUGGGAUCUUGAUUCACAGGCUAUUAAGAACUUGACUGGAAAGACACUUGAUGAGUUUUCUCACGAAAAUAAUCAAAUCGAUCAACAAGUUCUCAUCUCGAUUAUUGUCAUCGCUGUGCUUGAAGUUCGCUUUGGGUUAUUAGCAGUGAUGUGGCAUGGUAUUAUUCAAAAGGCUCGCAAGCGUCUCAUCAAUUUACUUGGAAAAGACCCGAAAUAUCUUGAGCAACUUCUUGGAAAUAUUCGUAAACAAUUUUAA